UAUUAUGUGCUUGUGUCCCUUUUUACAGGAGCAUUUUGUAACAGACCACAUCAAAUAACGAAAAUAUUCGUUAUAAUAAAAAUAUAAAAAAAAUAAAAUCGAUAUAAAUAAAAAAUUGGCCCAAGCCACGAUGCCAGGUUGUAUGUUGAGUUCAAAUGAAAUAUUUGGAAAAAAACAGGCGGGCCAUAUUGAAACACUUGGCGGGCCGGAUGUGGCCCCCGGGCCGUAGUUUGCCCACCCAGUAUAUACUAUAUACUCAUAGACAUAGACUUUCUUUAUUGUCAUUGGACAAUAACAGCAGUGAAAUUGCCAACGAAAAGUCUAUGUCUAUACUCAUAGAAACCAGCAGGAGGCGCCAAAGUACUUUAAUAUUGAGCUUUUCCUCCUAUUACUCAGAUGCAGCAGAACUCGCUGAAGAAAUGUAUGAAUAAAAUGAAAUAUAUAUGUUAUGAAAAUGCUUUCCUUGUCUUUAAGUUGUCUUAUAUUUGGGUCAAGGUUUAUUCUGAUGGAGAUGGCUUCUUGACAGGUCAGUUUGACAAUAUGGUUACACCGUUGAGUUUUAUUCCAAAAAUGAAAUAUUUCAAUAUGUCUUAACUCAUGCAUUCAUCCAGUUAUGUAUUCAUGCAUGCAUGUAUCCGUGUAUGAAUUCAUGCAUUCAUGUAUUCACGUAUUGUCAUCCAUGUUUUGAUGCGUUGGUGUGGAGAGGCUGCAGACUGAGUGUGAGUCAGUGUUUUGUCCCAUGGAAAGUUUAUUGGGACGGGAUCAGAACAUCAAGUCUCCAAAGUACUGAAGGGUAUUUUUACUGCAGCGAUGAACGUCGUGUAUUUUGCUGUGCAGGUUUUUCUACUGAGAGGAAUACUCCUGACGCAGCAGGAAGUACUUCCUGGAUCUUGUACUUUUGACACGAACACCUGUGGAUAUACUUCACACGCACCGCAUGACAACUGGAACAUCAAUCAGCAAGGGCAUUUAAUAACAGUGGAAUCAUCCUCUUUACGUGGUCAGCAAAGGGCCGUUCUUCUUAGUCCUGUUUUGGACCACCAGGACUGGAGCUGCGUCAGGCUGGUGUAUCAGAUCAUAGGACAAGGUUUGCUGCAGCUUCAUCUUCGGCCACAAGGGGAUAACUUUGAUUACACGCUUUGGACAGCCAAUCAAUCGUCUGACAGCUGGUUGAUUGCCAGCGUGGAUAUACCCAACAGCACAGUCAACUACCAGAUUCUGUUGGAUGGACAAGCAGAACGCGGUCCAAGUAACAGCGUAGCAAUCUUUGAAGUUCACAUUGUCCCCGGUUACUGUCUUGAUUGUGAUUUUGAGGAGCAUCACCUGUGUGGCUACAGUAACAUUUGGAACCCCAACAUCAACUGGUAUGUUGGCGGGAGUUCGACCGCUGGACCCCAAUCCAACCUCUUUGACCAUGUCAGCGAAAGAAAACGUGCAGGACACUUUAUGUAUGCAGACUCUUUGUACGCCAAGCACUUCCAGGAAGUUGCCAAACUUAUGUCACCGGUAACCAGCGCGCCAAUGGCCGGCUGCCUGUCCUUCUUUUACCAUCGGGACCAGGAAAGAGGGAACAUGUUCACGCUUUUCACCAAAGAUCAGCUCGGCCACUACGAGGAGAUCUGGAGACCAGACGUCUACGUCACGUCCGGCUGGACCUUCGUUAAUGUCGACAUGAAAGCCCCUCAACCCUUACAGCUGGUGUUUGAGGCGGCGUUUAACAGUGCCAGAGGCGGAUACGUGUCCAUCGAUGACAUCUCCUUUUCCCCUGAAUUCUGCCAUGCUGACACAGAAGCCAAUGUGGAUCCUUCUGUAGCCAACUGUGACUUUGAGGACGGCAUGUGUCUGUACUACUUGGAGAGAGCUGAGAGUAAAGUAUGGAGUCGAGUUUCAAUCAGUCCCAACGCUUACAGAGCCGGAGACCAUACGACCGGGACAGGUGGCAUGUUGCUGGCAAACACCCGCUUUUCCUCCAUGCCAGGCUACGUGGGUCGGCUUCACGGUCCUUUGUUACCGGGCAACCACAAAUACUGCUUGAGGUUCUACUACCUGCUUCAUGGAUUCAGGAAGGCAGACAACGCUCUGGUUCUUUAUAUUUAUGAUGAGAACAACGUGGGCCAAGAUAAGGUUUGGAGCCUGGCAGACACUUCUAGUGACGUGUGGACCCAGGUGGAGAUCACCUACAUCAAGCCCAUGGUGUCCAAGAUCGUGUUUGUCAGCAUUUGUAGUAACUUUUGGGAAUGUGGCCUGGUAGCCAUUGAUGACAUCACUGUCAGCCUGGGGGAUUGUGGACUACCAAAAGGUUCCCUCCCGGGUCAGUGUGAUUUUGAAAGUGGACUUUGUGGCUUCGUUCAGGAGAAGACACAAGACCAAGCUGAUUGGUUGCGGGUCCGAGGCCACACCCCUACGUCUUAUACGGGACCCAGAGGAGACCAUACCACUGGGGUAGGUUACUUCAUGUACAUGGAGGCGUCACACCUGCGUCCCGGCAACAAGGCCCGCUUGCUGACGUGGGACCUCAGAGGCUCCUCGGGCCCUCACUGCUUGAUCUUCUACUACCACAUGUACGGAUCCGGCACGGGGACCUUACGCAUUCUCCUGCGUCGUAGCGACAUUGAAGGCGACACGCUGCUGUGGAGGCGACGUGGGGAACAGAGCGUGUCUUGGAUGAGGGCCGCCGUGGACUACCACUGUCAUUUACGUCACCGGAUUGUCUUUGAAGCCAUUCGAGGUCCGUCCCUUCGGAGCGAUAUCGCCAUCGACGACGUCCGCGUUAAAAGCGCUCCAUGUGAAGGUCCUGAUGACAUCAUUUCCUCCUCAGGCUCUUCCGAGUACUUUAACGAGUAUUUUAACGAGGUGUAGAAGCAGAAGGAGUCGUGUUGUUUUGGUAGUACACGUUGGAUCUUCUAGAUCAGGGGUGUCCAAACUUUUUCCACCCUGGCCCGCAUAUUGAAAAAUCAAAGGAUGCGUUUUUAUAUUUAAAAAAAAAAAAAGAGCCUGCAUCUCAGCUUUCAGCGACAAAGGAAGUUAUGCUUCUAAAAUUAUUACAUUUUUUAAAUAUUUGAACUUUUUUGUCUCUUAAUCUUUUGACUUUAUUCUCUUAAUAUUUUCUCGUUAUUCUUGUAAAAUUACUUCUAAUUUUUCAAUUUUUUUUAAACCUUUUCUUGUUUAUUGUAUUUUAAGAAUGUGCCAAGAGACAAUAAAAAAACAGUAACAGGCCAUAAAUGGCCCCCAGGGCUGCACUUUGGACACCCCUGUUAUAGCUCAAUAAUUCUAUUAUUCUAUUGUUAUCUAUUAUAUUGCACUGGGAGAGCAGUCUAUUGAUUCAUUUUCUACUGUAUGUAUCAUUUACAUAAUAAAAUGAACUUUCAUGGUGUGUAUUGUACAGUGGAACCUUGGUUAGCGUCGUUAGACGUACUCUAACCAAAUAAGAAAUUCUUUCAACAUAAACCAAAAAAAGACACUAACCGAGAUUCCACUGUACUUGUGUAAAGCAGCACAAAAAAAAUUGUACUAUUUGUUCAAGGUAUACACACAAUUCAUGGAUGACAUAUUAUUAAUAUGACUAAUAUUUUGUAAACAUGACAAAUAAAAGCAAAGUCAAAAUUUUCAGGAAAACUCAUCAAUCACAGAUGAAAAUAUUUACAGCACGGCGAGAAACUCCACACCGAGAUGUUCGAGGGGGGGAAUCGAACCGAUGUCUCCUGGUUGCGUGGCAAACAAAUUUAAAUAUUCGUCAACAAAUGAACGGAAAAUUCAGUUUUGAAAUGAAACUUUGGGACUCCAACAAACCACAGUGAGAGCCUUUAUCCAGAAAUGGUGAAAACGUGGAACAGACCUCGCUCGCCUCAGUUAAGGUCAGCGUUCAUGACUCUACCAUAAGAAAGACACUGAGCACAAAGGGCCUGCAUGUUCUUAGUCGGAAAAGGGUGGAUGGCAACUUCCGGGUUGGGAGCAAGGUCUUGUCCCACGUGGAAAAGUUCAAGUACUUCAGGGUCUUCAACUUUUCCUCUAUGUAUUUAUUUGUAAUAUUGACUUAAAUGCACCAGGGUGCAGCGGUAACGUACUUUUAAGGUGAGAAAAAGGUUGGCAAUUUCAACAAA